UGGCAACGUCUCCCCUGAAAUAGUAUUGAGAAUUGUGUCGUUGUGGCGUGAGUUUUAGGAUUUUUAUCUAAGGGAAGAUGGGUCGUCGUCCGGCCAGAUGUUAUCGGUAUUGUAAAAAUAAGCCGUACCCUAAAUCAAGGUUUUGUCGAGGUGUGCCUGAUCCAAAGAUACGUAUUUUUGACCUUGGAAGGAAAAAAGCAAAAGUAGAUGAAUUACCACUUUGCGUUCACCUGGUUUCAAAUGAAUUUGAGCAGAUAUCAUCUGAAGCUUUAGAAGCUGGACGUAUCUGUGCAAAUAAAUAUUUAGUAAAGAUGUGUGGAAAAGAUUCAUUUCAUUUAAGAAUGCGAUUGCAUCCUUUUCAUGUAAUUCGAAUCAACAAAAUGUUGUCGUGUGCUGGAGCGGAUAGGCUUCAAACAGGUAUGAGAGGAGCUUUUGGGAAACCUCAAGGAACAGUUGCUCGUGUAGAUAUAGGACAAAUGAUUAUGUCUGUAAGAGCUAAGGAUCAACAUAAGGAACAUGUUAUUGAAGCCCUUCGUCGUGCAAAAUUUAAAUUUCCAGGUCGUCAGAAAAUUGCUGUUUCAAAAAAGUGGGGUUUUACAAAGUGGGAUAAAGAAGAAUAUGAAGCAAUGCGAGCAGAUGGUCGUCUGAAGCCAGAUGGAUGUUAUUGUCACUAUUAUAACAACCAUGGGCCUUUUGAUGUUUGGGUUGAUAUGCAGCGAGAAUUAAGAGGACUUGAUUAAUGUAAGAGUUAUAUGUAAUUAAUUAAAGUCCUGAAUAAGUACUGGA